GUAAUGGAAGUGGGUGGGUCCUAGACUGAUGAAGAAUGAAGAGGUGGUCACAUGUAGUGCUUCAGUGAUUAACUUUACAUAUAACUGCUCUUUAAAAAUUGUACAUUCAACCCUCGGAAAGCACCUCAUAACAGGAAAACUAAAUGAAUGUUUCCAAGUUGGGACUAAUGUUAAGUGGAGACUAUUGGAUUCAGCUGAUUUGAUACAUGUAGCUCACACCUCAUGUUCCCAUGCAGGACAGUCUAACUCACAGUAUCAGUGACUGGUGUCUGAGAGGAUGGACAGCAGGGAUCUGACAGUAGAUGUGAUCAUCUUAACAGAAACUGUGGUUGGAAUCCUGGGCAAUUUGUCACUUCUUUGCCAUUAUAUCAGCCUUUACUUCACUGGGUACAGGUUAAGGUCCACAGAUUUGAUGCUUAAGCAUCUGAUUGUAGCCAACUCCUUGGCCAUCCUCUGUAAAGGCUUCCCCCACACAGUGGCAGCAUUUGGGUGGAAACAGUUCCUCAGUGAUGCUGGAUGCAAACUUCUUUUCUUCCUUCACAGAGUCAGGAGGGGAGUGUCCAUUGGUAGCAUCUGCCUCUUGAGUGUCUUUCAGGUGAUCACAAUCAGUCCCAGGAACUCGAGGUGGGCAGAGCUUAAAGUAAAAGCUCCCAAGUACAUUGUUCCCUCUAUUCUCCUGUGUUGGAUCCUACAAAUGUUGGUAAAUACCAGUUUUCCUAUCUUCAUACAUGGCAAAUUGAGCAACAAAAACAUCACAAACAGAAAGGAUUAUGGAUACUGUACUUCUGUUCUUCAUGACAAAGUCAGCAAUGUAUUAUAUGGAGUAUUGUUAUUAUUCCCUGAUAUUUAAUGUUUAGGGUUCAUGCUCUGGGCCAGUGGCUCCAUUGUUUCCCUGCACAGACAUAAGCAGAGGGUCCAACACAUUCAGAGAACCAAUGCCUCCCCUACCUCCUCCCCUGAGUCCAGAGCCACCAAAACCAUCCUUUUCCUGGUUAGCACCUUUGUCUAUUUUUCCACUCUUUCCUCUAUAUUUCAAGUUGUUUUGAGUUUUUUUGAUAACCCCAACCUGUUCCUUGUUAACAUUACUACAGUCAUUGUUGCCUGCUUCCCAGCUCUCAGCCCCUUUCUGCUCAUGAGCCGUGACUCUAUGGUACACAGUCUCUACUUUGCAUGGAUUAGGAAUAGAAAUUCUGCUAGUAUUAUGAGAAAUAUGUAAAUUGUCUUUAUAUCCAUUAUGUUCAGCUUC